CAUUACAACCUCACUUUUAUGCUUUUUAUUCGUAUUUUGUAUUCUUGCAGAAUGUUUUUAACUUCAUUCAAAGUCAAUAUUUUCUUUUAACAUUUGUAGUAUAACGUUUUAAAUAUUGAAUAAAAAAGAAUAAAAUGGGCAAUCAGCUAGUGGGAAUUGCUCCUAGUCAGAUAUAUCCAGUUGAGCAUUAUCUGACAGAUCAUAGUGAUCUACUUUUUGACAUCAAUCUAGGUAGCACAAGAUUUUUCAAAGUUGCUAGAGCAAGGAGUCUAGAAGGUUUAAUUGUAGUGAAAGUAUUUGUAAUUCAUGAUCCAACACUUCCUUUAUCAACAUACAAAGAUAAAUUAGAAGAAAUUAGAUCAAAAUUAGCCUCAGCUGUCAACUGUUUACCUUUUCAAAAAACCAUACUUACAGAAAAAGCUGGAUUUAUUAUGAGAGAAUACGUCAAAUAUUCGUUAUAUGAUCGAAUUAGUACACGACCUUUUUUGUCUAAUAUUGAGAAAAAAUGGAUCACUUUUCAAGUCCUCUAUGCACUUCAUCAGGCUCACAAGUUUGGAGUUUGUCAUGGUGAUUUAAAACUUGAAAACAUCAUGAUAACUAGUUGGAAUUGGGUAUUACUGACUGACUUUGCUAGCUUUAAACCAACAUAUUUACCAGAAGACAAUCCAGCAGACUUUUCUUAUUUCUUUGAUACUUCAAGACGAAGGACGUGCUAUAUUGCACCUGAACGAUUUGUGAAGACUCUAUCAGAAUUAAGUAGUACUCAGUUGUUACCAGAAUUAAAAACUGGUGAUUUACAUCCAACUAUGGACAUUUUCUCGGCGGGUUGUGCUUUGACUGAACUCUACAAUGAAGGGCAUCCACCUUUCGAUUUUUCCCAAUUAUUGGCAUACAGAAAUAGUGAAUAUUCAGCCAGUAAACAUCUGGAUAAAAUUGAUGAUCCUGGAAUUCGUGAACUACUAACUUCAAUGUUGGAAAAAAAUCCCAGUAAUAGAAAAAGUGCAGAAGAUUAUUUAGCUCAAGCAAGAGGAAAGAUUUUUCCAGAAUAUUUUUAUUCAUUUCUACAGUCAUACAUGUUAAUAUUCUCAACCGCACCUAUUUUAUCACCUGAUGAAAAAAUUAACAGAUUAAAAAAAGAUAUAAGAAAUAUAAUAAAUAAAGAAUUAAGUCGCGGAGAUUCAACGGAACCAAGUGAAGAAAAUACAAUAAUUGAAGGAGACAGUGAUCAAAGUUUUGAUAAAAGUGAGACAAACAAUGAUGUUAAACUUUCCAAGUCAACAAAAGACGAAGAAACUUUGCAAAACAAAGAUAAAGAUGAUAAUGGAAUUAGAACAAUCAAAGGAGAUGAAGAAAGACAAGUAAAAUCAUGUGAUAAUCUCGAAGGAUUAAUAAUAAUAACUCAGUUAGUCACGUCUUGUAUUAGAGGAUUACAUCAUUCACAGUCAAAACUCCAGAGUUUAGAGAUAUUAUUAGAAUUAGCUGAAAACACAUCAGAUGAAACAAUAUUAGAUAGAAUAUUACCCUACAUUUUUCAUCUUGUUCAUGAUCCAGCCCCUCGAGUACGAGUUUCAGCAAUUCAUACUUUAACAAAAUGCCUGUAUCUGGUCAAGUCAAUUCCUCCAACUGAUGUAAAUAUAUUUCCUGAGUAUAUUCUUCCUGGUCUAGCUCAUAUAACGCAAGAUGAAGCAGUAAUAGUACGUGCAGCUUAUGCAGAAAAUAUUGCCCAUUUAGCUCACAUUGCUCUCCGAUACUUGGAAAAUGCUCAUUUAACAAAUUUAACUAAUAAAGAAGGGCCUAAACCUAGCUAUGAUAGUGAACUUCAAACUUUACAUGAAAUGGUACAACAGUCAGUAUCCAUGUUGCUAACAGAUUCAUCAAAUCUCGUAAAGCAGACUCUAAUGGAAAAUGGAAUCAAUAAGCUUUGUGUAUUUUUUGGAAAACAAAAAGCUAAUGAUGUUCUUUUCAGUCAUGUAAUUACAUUUUUAAAUGAUAAAGAAGACAAACAAUUACGUGGAUCGUUUUUUGAAUGUAUUGUAGGUGUAGCUGCAUAUGUCGGAUGGCAUAGUAGUCCUAUUCUUAUGCCUCUUCUUCAACAAGGUCUUACUGAUCCUGAGGAAUUUGUUACAAGAAAAGCUAUCAAUGCUAUGGCAACUCUCACUGAACUUGGCCUACUUCAUAAAUCUGCGCUCUAUCAACUUUUAUCAGAAACUGUUGUUUUUCUAGUCCAUCCUAAUUUAUGGAUUAGACAUGCAGUUGUAGGUGUAAUCUCAGCUGCAGCACGAACAUUAAAUUUAGUAGAUGUUCAAUGCAAAGUCCAAGCUAUGAUUCAACCUUACUUAAAACACUCUCUUAUUCAAAUUGAGAAAGAGGUUUUAUUACUUGAAGCUUUAAUCCAGCCAGUUCCUAGAGUUGUUUACGACUCAGUGAUAAAGUAUCAUGACGUGGAAGAAUUAUUUCGUGCAUUAGAAGAACGAAAAGCAGCAAGAUCCAAAGCAAUAACCGGUAGUGUACCUCAAUACAGUGAAACCAGUACAUCCUUACGAAAUCUUUUUCGUAGAUUAAGCUCUGAGUCAAUGACUGAACUCGUUGAGGAUCAUUUAAUUGCUAUGAAGUCUCAUUUAAUAAAAAUUAAUAAAUACAGAAUUUCUGCGGAUAAUAAACAGAAUGCGAUUAAAUCUGCUAAUGAUGGUAAGCUAGAAUUAAACACAAUGAAAGAUACAAUACGUCAUCAUAUUGUAGUCCUCUAUUCAGAUACAAAAAAUGAUAUGACUAUAACUGGGUAUAAAAAAUAUGAUAGAAGAACUUCAGACAGUACGAAUUGUACAACAAUGAAUCCGGAAUGGCGGACAAUGUUUGCUGCUCAAGAUAAUGCUCAAUCAGUUGUCAAAAUGAGCGAUAUGUCAAAUAGUGGAGGCACUGUAAGUCCAUCAAUUCAUGGAGGUGAUAUUCACCUUUCACCACAACACAGUCUAACUGAUAUUAAUAGCAUGAAUGAUCACUCUUUACAUGAAAGAUCGUAUAUUCAAUAUCGAUGUGCACCCUGUAGACUAGAGUUAAGACAGUUGACGUGUCGAAAACAAGAACAACAUGCAGCAGCUCUAAGAGCUCAGCAUUGGGCUGAUAAUAUGGCUUGGCAUGCCGAGAACAGAUUACUUCCAAGUAGUUGGAGACCACGAGGAGUUCCAGUAGCAUAUCUUCAUGAACAUAGGGCAGCUGUAAAUAGACUUGUAUCUAUACCAGAUUCAGGAUUAUUUGCUAGUAGUGCUGCAGAUGGAUGUAUUCGAAUUUGGGAUGCUAGCAGAAUGGAAGGAAAAAAUAAUACAAAUAGAUCUCGUCAAAUAUACGUUCAUAGAGGAGGUCCAUUAGUAGGUCUCGCUGUUUGUGAACAAGGUCAAUCUCUUGCUAGCUCAGCUAGUCAGAGUGGUACAGUUUUUGUUUUAAGACUGGAUCCUGCUUCUAGUAAAAUGAGCAUGAUGUGCUCUAGGAUGUUGGAUCUCCAAGACGAAGGUUGUGCUGUAGAUCUUCAGUAUUUAGAUUCCGGAUCUCAAUCAGUUUUAGUUUAUGCCACUUUGUAUGGUUCAUUGAUUGGUUGGGAUCUACGAUGUUCAUCUAUUGCAUGGAAGCUCGAAAAUGAUCUGAAACAUGGAGUUAUCACUUCAUUUUGUGUAAAUAAUUAUCAACAAUGGUUAGCACUUGGUACAAGUUCUGGAGUUCAUAUAUGUUGGGAUUUAAGGUUUCAACUGCCAAUAAGUAGCAUAAAACAUCCAACAGGAGCAAGAGUAAGAAAAGUUAUUAUUCAUCCGACUGAACCAUCAUGGAUUAUCUCUGCAGUUCAAGGCAACAAUGAGAUUUCUAUGUGGAAUUUAGAGACUGGUUUUAGGCAAAUGGUGUUAUGGGCUUCUAGUGCGCCACCCUUAAGUCAUACUCAAGAAGGACAUAGUAUUUGUGCCAUGUACGCAGGCUCUAUUGAUCGAUCUGGAUUUUUGUUAGCUGGCGGUACAGAUAUGAGAUUGCGUUUUUGGAAUUUAAAUACUCCCAAUGAAUCGUACGUUGCUCUACCAGCAGCUAAUGACACUACACCACCUAAUUCACUUGCUUACGAACAGCGAUUAAUUGAUGGAACGAAUGUUGUACAAGAAGUUUUAGCUGCUGGUGGACCAAUAUCUUCUGGUAAUAGUGGACGAAUAAGAUCAACGGAAGAUGGUGCAGCACCACCUCUUGAAGCUCCGAAUCCUGGUCAUCAUGACACUAUCUCAGCAGUAGCAAUGUCGAACACAAGUAUACUCACUGGUAGUACAGAUGGACUGAUACAAGUCUGGAAGUGACUUUUAAUUUAUUUGAUUACACGUAAAAAUAUUUUUUACCAUUUACGUCAUUCUUACAAGAUACUGACUCUAAAAUCUAUCAAUUUAGCUGUGACCUAUAAAUAUUAUGGUAAAAUCCAGAUAAUUUAGAUAAAUUAUUUUUGUACAUAAAAAGCGAGUGAAAGGAUUGAAUGAAUGGACCGAAAAGA